AUGUUGCUUUGGAAUCUUGUUAGAGGUAUUCUUCCUGUGGGCUAUUGUCUCCAUAGGAAAAUCCCUUCUUUUGACCCCCUUUGCAUGAGAUGUGAAGCCCCUGUUGAAACAACUAUCCAUGUUUUCAGAGAUUGCCCAAACUCUUCUGCCUUUUGGUCUUUACUGUUUAAUCAUUUAGCUCCUCCUGGCUUUGACUUUCAUAGUUUCUUCAAUAGUAGUCCCACAGAUAGAUUGUGUUUUAAUUUAACUAAUAGUUUCACUUGGAAAACUAUUUUUGUGGUUGGUAUUUGGCACCUUUGGAAUACUAGAAACAUGGCUGUUUUCGAAAAUAAAAUGCUUUUCUUAAAUUCAACUUUUAAUAAGUUUUGGGUCGAUUACCAUCACACUUUAAACUUGAAACAGGGACAGGCUGCUGGAAGUUCCUCCUCUACAGAUUCUAUAACCAGAAAAUGGGCUCCUCCCCAUAAAGGCCAUUUUAAACUGAAUACAGAUGGGUCUUGGAUGGCUUUGGACAAUGCUGGUGGUGGGGGUGUUAUGAGAUGUGAAAAGGGGCUCUGGCAGGUUGGCUUUGCUAUCAAUUUUAAUGCCAUGUCCGCAGCAGCUGCUGAACUUCUAGCCAUCAAGGAGGGUCUACUAAUCGUCUGGGCUAGAGACAUCAAACAACUGGAACUUGAAAUAGAUGCUGAAGCCCUUAAGAUGAUGUUAGAAGACCCUGAUGCUUUCAAGAACCACGAUCUGGGCAAUGCUAUCAGUGAUGUUGUCUCCAUCAUUUGUAGAAAUUGGAAAGUUUCUAUCUUUCAUGUUAAUAGAAGCAUCAACUGUGUUGCUGAUAAACUUGCAGCCAUGGGAAGAUCUAAGAUCAGAAGAGGAGAAAUAUCUCUCUUUCACUACCCUCCAGCGGAGCUAUUCCAGGAUUAUGCUUCUGACAUCCCUGAAAUGGUGGCCAUUUAG